AUGAUGACGAAAUUAAUAAAAUUUAUUAUUCUACGACCAAGAGGAAUACCCCAAAAUUUGGAAUUAGAAAUAAACUGCAGUGAAAUAAUUAAAAACCUGAAACAUAAGUUGUUUUCAGAAGAUAUAAAAAAAGAAUUAAAUGUUCGUUUUAUAUAUAUGGGCAAAAUACUGGACGACAAAAAAAGACUAGAUGAUUACAUAAAUUAUUAUCAGAAAGAUUUGUUCUCAAAUAAUAAAUCGAAUACCUUAAUUAACGAUAAUAGAAAUGAAUACCAAAGUGAUAAGAACAAAGAUAUGAGUAAUAAAAACAUUUCUAAUGAUUGCAACGAGAAUAUUAUUCCUAUAACGAUUCAUGUGAAAAUUACGGAAAAGUGCAAUUCCAUAAAAGGUGGUGAGUAUAUUAAUGCGGCUAGCAAUUACAGUUGCAUGUACUGCGAAGAAAUGUUCUCUUGUAUAUACAUUAUGUACAGUGAUAUGUGCAAAUUAUACAUAAUUCACCCCGUUCACCCCACUCUUUCAAACUUCGUGCUAUUCCUUCUACCCCUAUACAUUAUGCUUACAUUAUUUCAAUAUUUCUUUUUCUUCCUUUCUCUUUUUUAUAUAGACAACUUUGAUUACAAAACAUUCAAUACAGUUUUAGCUCAACUAAGUAUUAUAAUGUUUGUUACUCUAUUAUGGCUGUACAGAUAUAAUCAUGGGGAGUCCUUUCCUGCAUUUUCAUUAAUAGUGUUAUUUGCAUUUACAUUUCUUAUUAUAACUGUUUUUAUUUAUACCUAUCUAAUUGUAUUUUUCGAUAAUAUGUUCAUUAUAAUUUGUACAUUUUUUGAAUAUCUUAAGCACUAUUUUAUGCGUACAUGGGUAUACAUUAAUGAAAAAAAAGAAGAGUUUUUUUUAAGACGGGAAGCAAGAAAUAAUAAUACAAAUGCAAAGGAAAAUUGA